AGCUUAGAAAAAUCAAAGUCCUAAAUUCGCCAAAGAGUUAAGGUUCAAUAGAAUUCAAUUCACCAAAAAAUGGUAAUCCGUAACCAAUCUCGCUCGAAAAUUUUAUUAAAAGAAAAAUGUUAGGGUUCAAAUUAUAACAUUUUAAAAGAUGAGGGAUAUAUCUGUAAUAAACUUGAAAGUUAUUGAUACCAGUUAAACCCAAACUCCUAAAACCCUUUCCGUUUUUUUCUCGCGCCGCCUUCUGUCUCCGCCUCUCCAUCAAUUUGCUCAGGCAAGCUUUCUUCGAAGAUUUAACUCUAAAGUUUUCCUUCUAUUGAGCUGAUCCUCGUGACACCGAAACCCUAAUUUCAGCUUCCGCAACCUCAGAACCGGCCCUGUUCUAGAGCAAACCCUAAUCAUGGUUGUCAACGCGAAAGACUCGACGGUUCCAACGAUGGAAGACUUGAAGGAGCUUCACAAUCUCGUCACUCAUCAUAUAGAGUCUUUCGAUUACAUGACACAGAAAGGACUCGAUGUUAUGUUCAAUCGAAUCAAACCCGUUUCUGUCUACGAUCCAAACACCGAGAACGAAUUGAGCAUUUGGUUAGAAAAUCCUGUAGUAUUCGCUCCUCAGAAAGAGAGUUUUAGAUCAACAUCAAGGAAAGAGCCUUUGCUUCCCUUUGAGUGUAGGCAAGCGAAGAUUUCCUACACAGGAACGUUUAUGGCUGAUGUUUGCUUUAAGUAUAAUGAUGGAGUCGUUGUGAGAGAUAGAUUUGAUUUUGGGCAAUUUCCUAUUAUGCUCAUGUCAAAGCUUUGUAGCUUAAGGGGUGCUGAUUGCCGGAAACUGUUAAAGUGUAAAGAGUCAACUUCUGAAAUGGGAGGGUACUUUAUUUUGAAUGGGAUCGAGAGAGUGUUCCGAUGUGUUAUUGCACCAAAGCGGAACCAUCCAACAAGUAUGAUUCGGAAUUCAUUCCGUGAUCGUAAGGAAGGAUACACUGAAAAGGCAGUUGUCACUAGGUGUGUUAGGGACGACCAGUCAUCUGUCACUGUAAAACUGUAUUAUCUUCGCAAUGGAAGUGCCAGAGUUGGAUUUUGGAUAGUGGGAAGGGAAUAUUUGCUUCCUGUCGGCCUUGUUCUCAAGGCUCUCACGAACACCUGCGAUGAGGAAAUAUACGAAAGCCUGAACUGUUGCUACAGUGAGCAUUACGGAAGAGGCGAUGGAGCUAUUGGAACCCAACUUAUUCGUGAGAGAGCCAAAAUUAUUCUAGAUGAAGUUCGAGAUUUGGGUCUUUUUACCCGUGAACAGUGCCGGAAGCACUUAGGACAGCAUUUUCAACCUGUUCUUGAUGGGUUAGAAAAAGAAAGCCAUCCUAUGGUUGCUGAAGCUGUGCUCAGGGAUUAUUUAUUUGUUCACCUUGACAAUGAUCACGACAAGUUCAAUUUGCUCAUCUUCAUAAUUCAGAAGCUAUAUUCUCUGGUGGAUCAGACUUCUUUACCUGACAAUCCGGAUUCUUUGCAAAAUCAGGAAAUUUUAGUCCCAGGUCACGUUAUAACUAUUUACCUCAAGGAAAAACUUGAAGAUUGGCUGCGGAAGUGCAAAAGUCUUCUUAAAGAUGAGUUGCUUAACACGAGCUCGAAAUUUUCCUUUGAAAGCCUUGCUGAUGUCAAGAAGCUUAUUAACAAAAAUCCUCCCAGGAGUAUCGGCACGUCAAUUGAAACAUUGUUGAAGACAGGAGCGUUGAAAACACAGUCUGGUUUGGAUUUACAGCAGAGAGCAGGUUACACUGUUCAGGCUGAGAGAUUGAACUUUCUCCGUUUCCUUUCAUUUUUCCGGGCGGUUCAUCGAGGUGCUUCUUUUGCUGGGCUUCGUACAACAACUGUGAGGAAGCUGCUUCCUGAAUCUUGGGGUUUUCUUUGCCCUGUUCACACUCCUGAUGGAACACCUUGUGGAUUACUUAAUCAUAUGACUUGUACUAGCCGAAUUACUUCUCAGUUCGAUUCCAAAGGAAACAUCAGAGAUUUUCUGAAAAUAAGAAAGUCAGUUGUUGAAGUUCUUACUGGGGCGGGUAUGGUAUCUUCAUUGCCAAAGCUAGUACGAGCUGGACCACCAAAAGUCAUUCAUGUUCUUUUAGAUGGUCAAGUUGUAGGCACGCUAUCUUCUAACCUAGUCACGAAGGUUGUCUCUUAUUUGCGGAGACUGAAAGUGGAGGCUCCUUCAGUGAUUCCUGAAGACCUCGAAGUGGGAUAUGUACCUAUAAGCAUGGGUGGAUCUUACCCUGGAUUGUAUUUGGCAUCAUGUCCCGCAAGAUUCAUUAGGCCGGUUAAAAAUAUAUCUAUACCUUCUGAAAAUAUUGAACUGAUUGGACCAUUCGAGCAGGUUUUUAUGGAAAUAAGCUGUCCUGAUGGAGGAAAUGGAGGAAGGAAUAACUCUUCCCCAGCAACUCAUGAGGAAAUUCAUCCAACUGGGAUGAUAAGUGUGGUUGCUAAUCUUACACCUUGGUCAGAUCAUAACCAAAGUCCGCGUAACAUGUAUCAGUGUCAGAUGGCGAAGCAAACCAUGGCAUACUCUACUCAAGCACUCCAAUUUCGUGCCGACCAGAAGAUUUACCACCUGCAGACUCCUCAAUCCCCUGUGGUCCGUACAAAAACAUACACCACUUACAGUAUUGAUGAGAAUCCUACAGGGACUAAUGCAAUAGUUGCUGUCCUCGCACAUACAGGAUUUGAUAUGGAAGACGCGAUGAUUUUGAACAAAUCAUCUGUGGAGCGGGGAAUGUGCCAUGGCCAAAUAUACCAGACAGAAAAUAUUGAUCUUUCAGAUCAGAAUAGCCGAUAUGAUAGUGGUCAUAAAAGUUUUAGGAGGAGUACUACUGACAAAUCAGAUCAUUCUCGUAUCGACGCUGAUGGGUUACCAUAUGUUGGACAGAAAAUAUAUCCAGAUGAGCCGUAUUGUCGUAUCUAUGAUGAGGUAACUGGCAAGCAAAGGCUCAUGAAGGGAAAAGGUACCGACCCUGUCAUAGUUGACUUUGUCUCUGUUGACAUGAAAAGCAAGAAACAUCCUCAAAAGGCGAAUAUUCGAUUUCGGCAUGCUAGAAACCCCAUAAUCGGUGACAAGUUCAGCAGUAGACAUGGGCAAAAGGGAGUUUGUUCGCAAUUGUGGCCUGAUAUUGAAAUGCCAUUUAAUGGAGUUACUGGAAUGCGUCCAGAUCUCAUCAUUAACCCGCAUGCUUUCCCAUCAAGAAUGACAAUUGCUAUGCUUUUGGAAUCUAUUGCUGCUAAGGGAGGUAGUUUGCAUGGAAAGUUUGUAGAUGCAACGCCGUUUCGCGAUGCAGUAAAAAAAACAAACGGAGAAAAGGAGAGCAAGUCCAGUUUGCUUGUUGAUGAUCUUGGUUCCAUGUUAAAGGAAAAAGGAUUCAACUACUAUGGGACCGAGACAUUGUAUAGUGGGUCUUUAGGAGUAGAGCUGAAGUGUGAGAUAUUUAUGGGGCCUGUUUACUACCAAAGACUGCGUCAUAUGGUCUCAGACAAAUUCCAGGUUAGAUCUACGGGUCAAGUGGAUCAGCUAACUCAUCAGCCAAUAAAGGGAAGGAAACGAGGUGGAGGGAUUCGAUUUGGUGAAAUGGAACGAGACUCACUGCUUGCUCAUGGAGCUUCCUAUCUAUUACACGACAGGCUUCAUACUUCUUCAGAUCACCACAUUGCAGAUGUGUGUUCUCUAUGUGGAAGCUUGCUCACAUCUUCGGUUGUGAAUGUUCAACAGAAGAAGCUGAUUAAAGUUAAUGGAAAGUUACCUCCUGGUAGAACUCCAAAGAAGGUAACUUGCCAUUCUUGCGGGACAAGUAAAGGCAUGGAAACAGUUGCAAUGCCCUAUGUAUUCAGGUACUUAGCUGCAGAGUUGGCUUCAAUGAAUAUUAAGAUGACUCUUCAGCUAAGCGAUAGAGGAGUAGCGGAUGAAGAAAAAUAAUCAGAUCUCACAAUGUACUAGUGUGUAGAAGAAUAUAUUAUUUAUCAGUUUUCGUUUUGCUUCGCUAGCAAGUAUAUUUUCUAGUGGAAAACGUUAUCUAUUUUUUGGUCUAAGUGAAUUGUCUUAAACAAAUGUGUAUGAUUUGUACGGAUAUAACCAAUGGAUUUUUGAUUUUCCAAUACCA